UGAUUACAGCAUGUUGCCGCUGUGGCCGUUCCACACGUGCCCCUAUUGCUGAACUUCGAAAAUGGAAUCAGGCUUUGGAGAUAGCAGAUCAUCAUUUACUGUAAAUGGGGAUUUUUUUGCGUUAUUAUCUGUUGAUGGUCGACUAAGAAUUUGGGAUACAUCAUCAGGAAAGCUCGUACAAGAGUUUUCUCCAGCCUUACAUGUUGAAUCGUCGUGUACCUGCCUUUGUUGGACGCGUGGCAUUUCUGAUAAAAAUAAGAAGGAACCGCGAAGAAAAAAACGCAAAGUUGUGAAAACCGAAACCAAUGACAGUAUUUCACACACACCUUACCCAUCACUCUUGCUUGGGACAAAAAGUGGAACAUUGCGUAGUUAUGACCCUGUGGCUGGAGACAUUGGAGAAAAAUUUGAUGAUGGUCAUGUGAAAUCAGUAAAUAAUGUGCUAUAUCACAAAGAUGCAGAUACAUUGUAUUCGUGCUCUGAUGAUAAAUAUAUUAUAGAGUGGUCAUAUGACAGUCAUGAAGCAAUAAGCAAAUGGAAAGCAGACAAGGUGUCAGUUAAAAGAAUUUGUUUGGGACCAAGUGGCACAACUUUGUUAUCUGCUGGACAGUCAAUAAAAUUGUGGAACCUAGAAACCAAAGAGUUACUACAGAGAUUUCAUGGACAUACCUCUCCAGUCUCCUUACUACAAUUUUCUCCAUUCCAAAUGUCAAGAAAUAAGUCUGACACUUAUGAUGAUGGUUAUUACUUUUUAAGUGGAUCUACAGAGGACAGUAUAAUAAAUGCAUGGCAUAUUAAUAUAAAAAAUCCAGAAAAGACUGCUAUAGCAAGCUACAUGCUAUCUGAUGUACCUUCCUUUAUGGAUUCCUUAUUAAUCACUACUGAUAAUCAACCUUUAAAAUUGUGUGUUGGAUGUAGAGAUGGCAGGAUACAUUUUUUCUCAAACACCAUGAAUGGGAAAACCAAAAGGCCUUUAGAAAGUUCUAAGACAUUGGAUUUGCUCCAAAGAGAAGGAGAAAGGUCAAAUACAACUGCAGUACCAUUUCUCAAGGCCAGGCUAUAUGAUGAAAAUGGAAUGGUCCUAUUGUUGGUGUCAGGCACAAGUCUAAAACCAAUGUUCAAAAGAUUUGUCUAUUCAAAAUUAGAAGAGACAACAAGAAUCAUCCAAGAGCUCACACAAAAUAUGCUCUUAAAAGAUAUUAUCAGUGACAGCGACAAUGCUGUUGAGAUAGCUGAUCAGAAAGCUAAAACAAAAGUUAUUGGGAACACAAACUUUACUCCAAUUCCACUAAAGAACAGGGCACGGCCAACACUGGAUUUAAAUGAUAAUGAGCAGGACCGAAGUAACACCACCUCUGAAGAAAAUAUUGUCUCAAUGGAAGAGAGACUAAAGGUUGCCGGUCAUGGUGAUAUGUUGGUUCCAAAAAUCAAACCAUCAAAAUCAAUUCCGAAUGCAUCAUCUUUCGCUCAAAUGUUAGUGCAAGGUCUACACAGUGGCGAUAAUACAUUAAUUAACGAAAUUUUAUUUAAAUCAUGUAAGGACAAUAUUUUACGAAACACGGUUAAAAGAAUUCCAAACAACCUUGUUGGUCUUCUUCUUUCAGAGGUUGUUGAUAAACUGCAACGAAAUCCAGCAAGGUCAAAGGUCUUAUCAUCCUGGUUAAGAGUAAUAAUGGCGGUCCAUUUGACAUACCUAAUGACAAAUGAAAAUCUCAGUGGCACAUUGGGAAGCUUGUACAAUAUUCUCAAAAUGCAACAAGACAUUCACCCACAGCUUAUCAAUUUAAAUGGGAAAAUUGAUUUGUUGCUUUCACAUGCAAGCAGCAGCAAACGAAUAUCAAGCGAAGACGAUGAAAGUACAAAUCCUACUGUCGUUUUUAAUGAUAAUUCCGACGACGAGACUGAAGAAUUAUUCGGGAAGCUGAUUGAAUCAGAAGAAGAGAUAGAAGUGGACGAGGAAGAAAAUUCACCAGACGAAGACGAAGAGGAAUCUGACGAUACGAAUGACGAUGAAAUCGAUGACAAUGAAAAUGAACAAAGUGAAAACGAAAGUGAUCGAUAUUAAAACGCAUUUUUUUAUUGUUUAUAGUACCAACUAAGGUAUUAGUUAAUGCAACGCUUAUAAAUUUUAUAUAAAUUUCGAAAACUCCGUAAUUUAGUGGAAUUGGAUUUUACGUCAAUUUAAAAAUCUGCAAAAUUUUAUUGUUUCUGUUUUUUCGCGAUAUAACUUGGCAGGUGUCUUCUAUGUAAAGGGAAUUGACACGAACUUUUAACAUUACCUUACUUUCACAGUUUUUAAUCAAUCUGCCACGAAUCUGUGAGAUUUAUCAAGAUCGCCAGUAACAUAGCUUUCUUGUGUUAGAUAACAGUCGCUGAACAUACUGAGCCAUAGGCGUGAUAUUUAAGGUUCUCUGAAUCAUCCAUAUUUGAUCCGUCUUUGUCUGUCUGGGCCGAGUGGUUGCUAGGAACAGCACCAGGCGAAUUUUUGUAGCGUUAUCCACGGGCUAAGACUACUAAGGUGUAUGAAUAUUAGAAUGAAAUUCAGAUGCAAUCAGUCACAGUGUUUUUGGUAACAGCCCUUUUCAACAAGUCAGUGUUAUGAAUUUUUAAUGAAAGAAAUAUUUUUAUCAGGAGAUUUAUAAUUGUAUAUGUGAAAGUAAAUGUGUGAAAGAGUGGUUUCUACAAA